AUGGGUUCCAAUGCUCGUUGUGGAGUACUCUCUUUCCUUUUCAUGCUCAGCAUUGUGUUCUCUACAGCGGGAUAUGCUUUUGCAGGCCGCGAUAUCCCCAAGGACUCGAAAGUUGAAGAUAAAAAGCAGCCUCAAACGUUCGGCCAUGAUGGCACGGUGCUGAUUCCAGGUUUAGGCCGCUACAUGGUCCCUAGGACAGGCACCAUAGUCAAUCCGUUUACCUACAAUCCUAUCACUGGUACAAAUGGAGGAAAUGGUUUAUCUAUCCCCAAUUUUGGUGGUUCGACCGGUGGCAGCAAUAUUCCUGGUGGAGACGACACAUUCGUGCCUAAUCCCGGGGUGGAGGUGCCGAAUCCGGUUGGUGGCACCACUCCUACACCAUCUGGCCCUUGA